AUGCCUUCUACAGAGACAUCAAAUCUAGUAUGCGUGAACUGUAAGCUCCGCAAGAAGAAAUGUGAUAAAGCGCGGCCGCGGUGUGGAUACUGCGCUCGUUAUGACAUCUCCUUAUACGGCUACAGCAAGAACUUGGACUGUCAAUCCACCUCAACAGAUGUGAAAUACCCGAAAUCAAGGCAACUACUGGCGAGCCCUAGCCCUGUCAUCCGCUCGUCCUUGCUCCUAGCGGAGACUUUGUCGGCUGUGUUGCAAGAUGAACCUACGAACCUGCAUUCUAUAAUAUAUCUGCAGAUCCUCCGCAUCAUUCGAUCGACGGGUCAAACUAUAGACGAGAUCUGCCAUCGAUACUUCCGAGGCAUGCAUUCUUUCAUCCCGAUAUUAUCGGCCCCUCAAUUCCAUGAGCAAUUGAUCCACUUGGCCGCAUUUCCCUCCGCGACAUUUUCUGUACUAUUAUUGUCAAUGGCUCUGGUAACUUAUCAUCCUGGACUGGUCCUGCCUAGCUCUGGUGUUGAUCACGCGACCUUAUAUUUUACUACGAAAUCGCUAUACACCCAGGCCCAAGGCUCCUUUGCGAAUUCCCUACCCCUAAUUCAAGCUGGUAUCAUAAUCGCUAGUUAUGAAUAUGCGACUCAAAGGAUUAAUGAGGCUUUCUGUUCUAUUGGUGUCUGCGCCAGGAUGGGCUAUGCUGCAGGUCUCCACCUUGUCAGCUUGACUGAAGAAUCCCAUUAUUGCUGUCAGGCGGCGGAGAGGUAUAAUACUUGGUGGGGCAUUGUGAUUACCGAAAGGACCAUUUUGUGCGAAGUGGAUAUCGUUCCACAACCCAUAAUUUCCAUCUUUCCAGAGGGAGAUGUUUCACUACCAAAAGAGCCCAUUUCAUCCAAAUCGGACCCAAAUCUAUUUAUUGAUGCCGUUUCUCGAAAUUAUAUAGCCGUCGAUGACUACGAUGGAUUGGCCAGGGUGACUCAUUCCAUAUGGCUCCUGGACCAGGUCUUGAGUGCUUCAAAAGUGCGGGAUCUCGGUGCCCGAUUGGCUCAACUUGUUAAGCUAGACUAUGAUUUACGAGCAUGUCUAGAGCUGUCAAUGGAACGAUCCGCGGGCCGAUGGGGUUUGUUCUGCACAGCAAAUGCUAUUGUCUUUAGAGAAGUAAUUCAAAGCGCGACUGGUGUUGCUCGUUCGAACUCCUAUGUUGCACUCGACACAGUCACUCAGAUGGUGAGGGAUAUCGCUGCUACCCAACACGGUAUAACCAUCGGGGAUAUGGAUAUGCUACCACCGAGCCGAGCAUUUGUGUUCCGGGCUGCGCUGCACUACCUUGAUGAAUUUGGGACUAAAUGUGAUAGAUGGGACAAUGUUCGGACUAAUCUUGAAGCAUCAUUAACAAUGUUUGAUCAACGUUGGAAUGCUGUCUCUGUAUGA